UACUGUGGUUCCAGGGUGGGCUUUGCUAUUACUGGUGAGAAUCCAGUUUUUUGAUCUUGGCGUGCACGUAUGUGGUGUAGUUUUGUCGCCUUGUCUGAAAAUGUUGGGGAGAAAAGGUUCGGUUCCAGACACAGUUGGGGCGGGAGUGAGCUGGAGGUGGAGCUGGAUAAUCAAAGCCAUUUCCCUGCUCUGUCUGUCACUCAGUUUCCUCUCCGGACCCGCCUCUCACUCUCUGUCAGCUCUUUCUCAGUCAGGUCGGGUCGGGCUGUAUAAAAAAGGAAGGGGAGGCAGCUCGGCUCUCAUUCAGCAGCGAUUGGAGUGAAGAAGCGUGAUGUCUGGAAGAGGCAAAGGAGGCAAAGGCCUGGGAAAAGGCGGAGCGAAGCGGCACCGGAAAGUGCUCCGUGAUAACAUCCAGGGCAUCACCAAACCAGCCAUCCGGCGCCUGGCUCGCCGUGGCGGGGUCAAGCGCAUCUCGGGCUUGAUCUACGAGGAAACCCGCGGGGUGCUGAAGGUUUUCCUGGAGAAUGUGAUCAGGGAUGCGGUCACCUACACUGAGCACGCCAAGCGCAAGACAGUCACCGCCAUGGAUGUGGUGUACGCUCUGAAACGCCAGGGCCGCACUCUCUAUGGAUUCGGCGGCUGAGGAUAAAGCGACCCAUUUCCAGCGAACCCAAAGGCUCUUUUCAGAGCCACCCAAACCCCCCGAAAGAGAGCGUAGACCUGAGGACGGGUAAGGCAG